AUGGCUACUGUGAGCAAUGAUAAUCCUGGUGAUUGUCAGUCAGUAGCAGCAGACUCAACUACAGCAACACCAUCAAAUGUUGGUGCUACGAAUGCAGGCAAUAACAAUAAUAAUAACAAUGCUGUCGUUACCACAAUAGAUGUAGAUGGUGCUGGCAUGCAUGAGGAAAUGUCAGAGCAGGAACAAGUUAGUUCAAGCACUAACAAUGCAACUACACCGACAGCAAAUAAACAUGGAAUACCAGGUUCACCACCUAAUAGCAAUGCUAAAGCAAAAAUUCAACAACAGCAACAGCAGCAACAACAACAACACUAUCAAUUCCGUGCAUUCUUAAAUCCUAAACCACCAAAACCUCCACCAAGUCCAUGGAGUCCACCAAAUCCAAGACCACCAAGACCUCCAAAACCUUUGAAACUUCCAUGUCCUAAACCUCCAAAUCCACCGAAUUUGCCGCCCAAACCAAGACCACGUGCUAAUCUCUCCGACUCUCCAUCUAUUGCCGAUUCAUUUGAUUGUUCAAUAUCCAACAAAGUUAAUGGAGCUGUAUCUGAUACAGCGGCAACAGGAACUUCGUAG